AUGAACCAGUUUGCUGGAAAUCACCGACGAGCUGCUUUCAACCUUGAUGCCAGUUACUCCGACUAUAGCAGCUAUUUCUCUGACUAUAGCACUGCCGACUUCGACUCUGCUAGCACCGACAAUUCUCAGCCAACAUUGGCAUCAGCGACGCCAUCACCGACAGCGGCAUCACCGACAGAGGCACCGGCGACACUGACUGCUUCACCAACAUCGUUAUCGACAUCAAUUACUUCCACGGCAAGUACAAAUACUACUACUAUGACUGGCUCUGCUUCUUCUGGUCUCUCAACUGGAGCAAAGGCCGGAAUCGGAGUGGCAAUUCCAGUAGCUGUCAUAAUUCUCGGGUUUUUUGUUUUCUGGUAUUUGCGUAAAAAGGGGACCAAAGAAAGGAAUUCUGCGUCUUGGACCGAUGACAAUAGUAAUGCCCUUGAACGCAGUGUGAAAAAUACAGUGGGGCCAUUGCCAACUUCGCAGACCCACAUUGCUGAAGCAGAUAGCAACACUAUUCACGAGUCUGGCGGCAAAUCUGUCGUUCUAUCAAAGUCCCCAAAUGCCGAGACGCAAGGUCCUGCUGUUUACGAAUUAAGUGGCAAUUCUGCCAUCAAAUAUCUCCCUCCCGUGAAACAUUCCUCAUUUGCACGAAGCGAAUCAAUGGACAAAGGGGUCCAACCGCUCGCCGGUGGAAGAAUAUCUCAAAAAGCAGACAUAUCAAGCAGUUCUACGACAGCUACUGAAACGAAAGAGAGCAAAAAUUUGCAUAUUCCUUCGGGUGAUUUUAUCAACACAGGUAUAUUUUCUCAAAAGUCGCUUCAAGAGGGCUCUAUGGAAAUUACGCCGCGCUGGCCAACAUCUUUGGAAAACGUUGAUAUGCCGCUAUCGCAGCUUGAGGCCGAAGUCGCGCUUAUUGCGGAGGAAAAGGAGCGUUUGCAGCAAUUGCAGUCCCUAGCAGAAAGAGAGGCAGAGCUGAAAAGACAGAUUUUGGCACGCAAGUCUGCAAUGUAA